AUGUCCCGCUGGCACGCAAUAUCCUGUGAUUCCCCUCGGAUUCAAGUUGGGGAUGAUUCGAUCCCCAAAUGCCAAACCUGCGGUAAUUCCGCCCGUCAUCUGCUUCAGGAUCUCACGGAACAUCCUGCCAGUCUAAUCCCGUCGCUCCCACCCGACGAGCCACCGGGAAAGCUCAAUCUCAGUUGGCCGUCAACGAUAACAUAUACACGGACUAAGUCGCGCAGACCCAGCUUCGAGUCUGGAGCGAUAGAGCACCAUGCUCCAAGUUCAGCAGCAGAAUCUUUGGCCUGUCUCAAGCUCUCCGAGGAAACGAGUCUUAGAAGGUGGGCGUCGUAUAUUCAUGAUCGAACGUUGAAAGAGGACGAAUUUCGCUUGAUUGCCUUGGUGGCCAGGGAGAAUGAGUCUCCAACAGAUGCCAUUCAUCUGAUGCUGGAAACAUACUCAGAGAGGGAAUUCCCGGAAUACGAGGCCGUUUCCUACACUUGGGGAGGCGAGAGCGGAGAUGCGACCUUGCGCCACCCCAUCUACGUUGGCGAAUAUUGGGAUAUCCUGCUGCAAACUGGCAACUGCUGCGCCAUGCUUCGCUACUUACGGCCAUCUCGGGGCGAGCGGAUGCUCUGGGUCGACGCAAUAUGCAUCAAUCAGAAAGAUACAAGAGAGAGAGGCGAACAAGUUGCUAAGAUGGGUCAGAUAUACUCCCAAUGCCUCCAAGUUAUCCUUUGGCUAGGAGAUGAUAUCACAGUCAAGACUUCAAAGAGCUUUCCAACAAGGCAUCGUUUCCACGAGCUUCAAAGCUUGCAUAUUUCCAUACCAGCGAAUGAUACCUCGAGGCCUCCGAGCCGGCUCACCAUCCAGAAGCUUCUUGAGCGCAGGUACUUCAGCAGAGCAUGGGUUCUUCAAGAGCUAGUUCUUGCGCCACGGGUCGUGAUUCCCAUCGGAGACAAGAUAUUCUCGGUGGACCCUUCAAUGACAGAGUAUCUGAAUCAGUUGACAAGUGGUACCUGGUCGUGGGAACAGACAAAAGCGCCUUGGUUUCAACACGUAACGCGAGGCUUACUUGUACCAAAGAGCAUGCCUGAACUGUUAUCUUUGGCUUGGAAAAGCAAAUCUUCAGACGUUCGAGACAAGUUCUACGCUAUACUUGGUCCCUACAGCUUGAAGCCAGGUGGCAUUCAAAUUCAGCCAGAUUACAGCAUCUCUCUUCAGCACCUUGCGACCGGCUUCUUUGCCCACUGUAUUAUUAACGAAGGAGCCUCUCACCUACUCCUCAAGGCCUCUGGUGCUAAUGCAGAAGCCGGAAUCCCCUCGUGGAUGCCGAACUGGAAGGACCCCGUUGCCUGGGAGAAACUCCUUGGAAAUGAGGAUGAAGAAAACCCUAGCUGGGACCGCAUGAAGAAUAUGAUGCCCGAAUUUCACCAUGACAACGUCUUACAGAUCCGGUUUGUUCCCAAUCCAACUGCCGAAAAUAAUGCGCCCAAGAACAUCAGCAAAAGACUUUGGUAUCACGGCGCGACAGUAGAUGCCGAUUCAGGGGCCAUGACUCUCAACCUGACAAGGCUGUCCACCAUUGACCGCUUCAUGCGGGCAAGAGAAAGUCAGGAUUUCUCGUGGUACCGAUUCCGCUGCACGAGCCACGGAGGCUAUAUCUCACUGGCGAGUCAAAGGAAACUCGAUGCGCUCGUCGAAGUUGAAGAUGAAGUCUAUCUGUUUGAUAACAACGCCACGGCUCCCAUCUAUCUCGUCCUGCGCCCCACCGGAGGCCAACAUCACAAAGCCUUUAUUCCGACCUCAUAA